UUGUGCUAACUCUAAAAGACUGAAACACUGGUUCUUUAAUCACACUCAUUUUUCAGUUUUAAGAAGUACAAGUAUGGGACCCCUUGUCUGGAAAACCAUUAUCCAGAAAGUUCCAAAAUACAGAAAGGCCAUCUCCUACAGACUCCAUUAUAAGAAAAUAAUUCUAAUUUGUAAAAAUUAUUUCCUUUUUCUCUGUAUUAAUAAAACAGUACCUUGUACUUGAAAGGCAGAUAGAUCAAACUGCUAAACAUGUGUUUUACCACUUCUAUAUAAUUAUUCAUAGUGAUAUCACUACCAAUUUUAGGAAAUUGUAAAAAACUAAGAUUAUUAUCUAUAGCAGUGCUAAACAACUGAUUACAUGUAGUGGGCCACUUUUUUUCAUAUAAGAUGUUUAAGAGCCGGAUUAAAUUAAAAUGAUAUACAGUGAAAUCUAUGGGGUCUUUAAACAGACUGGGGGCCAUAAAAAGCCAUUGGAGGGCCACAUCUGGCCCACAUGCCUCCAGUUGGACAGUCCUGAUCUAAAGAAAAAAAAACAAUGUAACCAACAAGCAUACUCUAAAUUAUAAAUUGUGGGGAAAUACAAAUCGUGUGUACACUUUCCAUUUCAGACAGAGCACGAAAAGUUGCCAGUAAAUUUCUACAGAUCGCUUUCUACAAUGUGUACUUCCUACUCAAACUCCAGCUACAUGAAUAUCCAGCCUCGGAGAGGCAUGUUGGAUUACACUUCGGCCUUCCCCCAGUCAGGAGCAGCGCUUGCAAAGGCAGCGAGGGAAACUGCAAUCUAAUCAGCGGUUAUCAACAAUCAGUGUAAUCUGCUGAUUGAGAGGUGUGAGGUGGAGUACUGUAAAUCUCCACUCAUUGCUUUCUUCGGUUCUCUUUCUCGCCCAACCCCCAUUCCUUUGGCUUGUUUUGAUCACGUGAGGGGGGUUGCCUUGACCAAUAGGAGGAAAGCCCAGCCCCCUUUCACACAGCCUGGGGAACACAAGGGGGAAAGUUUACUUAUUGGAGCUGGAAUUUUUUCCCUCUGAACCCUCGGUGAUUUCUUCGGUUUCCCGAGGAGCCGAGAGCUGUGAGUUUGGUGGGAGCGAGGGAUGUAAGUUUGCGGCGUGCGGUGAGGAGGAUUCGCUGCUCGGAGCUGUCUCUCGGGGUCGGGCGGAGUGGGGGAGUCGGGAAGGCGCUAGCUGUUGGAAUGUGGAUGUGUACGAUGCCGCUCUCUUGGCGGAGGAUCAUUUCCCUGCUGCUGCUCAUUACCCCCUUGGUGCUGGGAUUUCAUGGAUUGGAACGUAGGGUGAGAAGGGAUCGCGGGCCGUGCCCCUCGCCUUGCCGCUGCCUUGGGGACCUACUGGACUGCAGCCGCAGGAAACUCGCCGUGGUACCGGCCAAUCUCCCGGAGUGGGUAGUGCAGCUGGACUUGAGUCAUAACAAACUGUCUUCAAUCAAUCCCAGUUCCAUGAAUCAUCUUCAUAAUCUGAGAGAACUGAGGCUGAAUAAUAAUGAACUGCAAAUUGUACCAGAUCUGGGGCCACUGUCUGCAAACAUAACCCUCUUUUCUCUGACAAAUAAUAAAAUUGAAGUGAUCUUGCCAGAACACCUGAAACCUUACCAAUCUCUGGAAACACUAGACUUAAGUAAUAAUCUUAUCACCGAGCUAAGGGCCGGAUCAUUUCCUACACUACAGCUUAAGUAUCUAUAUAUCAAUAAUAAUCGUAUAAGCACAAUGCAGUCUGGUGCAUUUGACAAUUUAUCCGCUACAUUACAAGUAUUAAAACUCAAUAAGAAUCGUAUCUCAUAUAUUCCAUCCAAAAUGUUCAAGUUGUCUAAUCUGCAGCACCUAGAACUAAAUCGGAACAGAAUAAAGGAAAUUUUGGGACUCACAUUUCAGGGGCUUGAUUCUUUAAAAUCACUAAGAAUACAGAGGAAUUUAAUAACAAGGCUUAUGGAUGGAGCAUUUUGGGGAUUAAGUACAAUGGAAAUUUUGCAGUUGGAUCACAACCGACUCACAGAAAUUACUAAGGGAUGGUUGUAUGGCCUGCUUAUGUUGCAAAAACUCCAUCUUAGCCAAAAUGCCAUCAGCAGUAUCACCCCUGAUGCCUGGGAGUUUUGCCAAAAGCUCAGCGAGCUAGACUUGGCCUUUAAUCAACUAACAAGACUAGAGGAGUCAAGCUUCGCAGGCUUAGGCCUUCUUGGUGGAUUAUAUAUCGGGAACAACAAAAUAAAUUUUAUAGCAGAUGGAGCAUUUCGUGGACUUUCAAGUUUAAACAGUUUGGAUCUCAAAAGCAAUGAAAUUUCUUGGACCAUUGAAGACAUGAAUGGAACUUUUUCUGGACUAGAAAGACUUAAAAGACUUAUUCUACAAGAUAAUAGAAUAACAUCAAUUACAAAGAAAGCAUUUUCUUGGUUGGAUGCUCUUGAGUACCUAGACCUAAGCGACAAUGCCAUCACCUCAAUGCAGACUAAUGCAUUUUCCCAAAUGAAGAGCCUUCAGCAACUAUAUUUGAACACCACAAGUCUAUUGUGUGAUUGCCAGCUGAAAUGGUUGCCUAAAUGGUUAGCAGAAAGCAAGUUUCAGACAUUUGUAAAUGCAAGUUGUGGCCAUCCUCAGAUCCUCAAAGGCAAAAGUAUAUUUGCAGUUAGCCCUGAUGACUUUGUGUGCGACGACUUUCCAAAACCACAGAUUACUGUUCAGCCUGAAACACAGUCAGCAAUAAAAGGCUCCAAUGUGACUUUUAUCUGUUCAGCAGCAAGUAGUAGUGAAUCUCCAAUGACCUUUGCAUGGAAAAAAGACAAUGAACUUCUGCAUGACUCUGAGAUUGAAAAUUAUGCUCACUUAAGGGCACAAGGUGGAGAAGUGAUGGAAUAUACAACUAUUCUGCGACUUCGCAAUGUGGAAUUCAUCAAUGAAGGGAAAUACCAGUGUGUCAUUUCCAAUCAUUUUGGUCCUACUUACUCCGUCAAAGCCAAACUUACAGUUAACAUGCUUCCCUUAUUCACCAAGAUGCCAAUGGACCUUACUAUUCGAGCUGGAUCAACAGCUAGACUAGAAUGUGCUGCGGUCGGACAUCCAACACCACAAAUUGCUUGGCAGAAAAAUGGCGGCACAGACUUUCCUGCAGCCCGAGAGCGGCGCAUGCACGUCAUGCCAGAAGAUGAUGUGUUUUUCAUAGUAAAUGUUAAAACGGAGGAUAUUGGGGUGUACAGCUGUACUGCCCAAAACAGUGCGGGAAGCAUUUCAGCUAAUGCUACACUGACUGUGCUAGAAACCCCAUCUUUUCUACGGCCAUUAGUGGAUCGUACUGCUUCAAAGGGAGAGACAACUGUUUUACAGUGCAUCGCAGGUGGAAGCCCCACACCAAAAGUAAACUGGACAAAGGAUGAUAGUCCAUUAGUUGUAACAGAGAGGCAUUUCUUUGCUGCUGGAAAUCAGCAUCUAAUUAUUGUGGACACAGACCUUGAAGAUGCCGGGAAAUAUACAUGUGAGGUGUCCAAUAUUCUUGGAACAGAGAGAGGCAAUAUUCAUCUUAGCGUUUUACCAAAUCCAACCUGUGAUUCACCUGUCAAUACAAUACAAACUGCAGAAGAUGAUGGCUGGGCAACAGCUGGCAUAGUGAUCAUUGCAGUGGUUUGCUGUGUGGUGGGAACAUCCCUUGUCUGGGUUGUCAUUAUAUAUCAUACCAGAAGAAAAAAUGAAGAUUGCAGUGUUACAAAUACAGAUGAGACCAAUCUACCAGUGGAUACCCCAAGUUACUUAUCUUCCCAAGGCACGUUGGCAGAAAGACAAGAUGGCUAUGGUUCAUCUGAAAAUGGAAGCCACCAAUUCAUAACCUCAUCAAUGAGUGGUUAUUUUUUGCAACAAAGAGAUAAUGGAGCCUGUCAUUUAGAUAAUGGAAGUGAGGCUGAUAUGGAAGUUGCAACAGAUCCACUUCUCUUUAACUACACAGGAGUACCGGGUUCAUUGUAUUUAAGAGGAAAUACUUAUGAUCCUGAUGCAUAUGAAAUAUUUCAUGCAGGGUAUGGCAUGGAUAGAAGAACACCAAAUAUGAAUUUAUACGAAUCGGAGUAUUUAAAGCAAAAAGAUUUUGGCUUGUAUGGGCAUCAGCAUGAUGACUGCUUCAAAAACGCCUGCAGUCAUGGUGUACAGUCAUUGGCUGGUAGAAUUGUUGGUCCAACAUGUAGUCACAAAGAGGACACUGAAAUUAAAACAAGUUCGGAUAUUGACAUUUUAGGCUUAAAACACACUGUUGACCAAGGGACACAAGCAUCUUGUAGCACUUAUUUAGGCACCUUUGGAAAACCUUUAUGGAGGCCUCCGCUUGACUCUCCUUGUGGCUAUGUACAACCAUCGUUUUGUCAGCCAACAUCUCACUCUGUUCCCCAAACUAAAUUGAACUUACAGCUGGAGCAUGGGAAAGAUGAAUCUCAAAGGACAAAUAUUCCGGAUGAAAAUGCUACUUUCUUUCCCAAAAUGACUUCUGAUUAUCACAGAACUUCUGGUUUUCAGUGCUAUGAGCUGGAUACAUAGCCGCAUUUAAUUAGCUGAAUUUAUUUAAUGAGCAGUUUUCAACAUGCUACCUCAACUUACAAUUAAGGAAAAAAGACACAGAUUGUAUAUUCAUCUUGGAAUGUACAUGGACUGCAAUAAUGGACUUCAAAAGUUUCCUAGUUUUAUAUGCAAGGAAGAUAAUUGUCUUAAUUAUUUUAAAGUUGUGUUAAAGUUUAAAUGUUUGUAAUUUAAAAAAGUGUAAAUAUUGAUAUAACUAUUUUUGUAUUUUAAAAUGUCAAAAUUUUCUAUGGAAAAUGAAUAUUGCUGAGUGCUAUAAUAAUAGAGCCUCAGAGUAGUCAUAAUUAAAUAUGACUAUAUGUAGGCCUUGUACACUUGCACAAGUCAAAUAAAAUAUGCUGCCAUUCUUACUGUGAUGCUAAA